UAAAGCAAGAGUGCUGCCAUGCAGCUAAGGCAGACACUUCAGUCACCGAUGAGUCAGAAGAUUGUGAGUUCAAACUUCAGCACACAUUGUCUCGGCCAACAUUCCCAGUGCAACAUUAGGAGGCUCUGUAUCCUGCUCCCUCUUUCAGGAGAAAAAAGUCUUCAAAGCAGCAUAAAAUUUCUUUUUUGUGAUCUGCCCAAUUUUUAACCCUUAAUCAAAAUUAUAUAAAACCAAGCAGUGAGAUAAAAACUAAUGCAUCACUUACUGAAAACCUGCGUGUGCAUUUACACCAUGAUCAGAACUGAAAAAAUGGGGGCAAGCAGCACCAAUACGAACAGGUGCGGGAUUUUCGCACAGCGCCAUUUUAUCGCAGUUAUUUAAAAGCAGAGUAAUUUCCAUCCCAGUGUAUUUUCUGCAUCAUCACUUCUUUAUUUGUGAGAACUGUAUUUAUUUAAGUGCAAGAUUCAGGUACAGCUGGGGAGGGGAGCUUACAUUACAAGACUUGUAAUUGAAUUGCCCGGCGUCGAAGCCAUCACCUGCGCCUGGCACUGUCAAUCAUCCGCACCGAGCAGCUGAGCCCAUCCUCGAGAGAGCGCGGAAACUUGUUUUUAUCGCAGGGGCUCGCAUUGUGGCCGUGAGGUUUUGUCAGUUUCUUAUAACAUACCCGGUGCGUCGUUUUACAAAGCGGUUCUCCUAACCUAAUGGCGGGGGCAGGAAGAGAUUUGCAAGCGCGCCGGCCUCUUGUUUGCAAAUUAUCCGAACAGGGCGAACAGGCCGGUAAAGCCCGGGAGCUCGAUUUCUCUGUGGCGGCUGUGCUGCCCGCGGGCGGUAGCGGGGAGAGAAUGGGAUCGGCAACCCCGAAGCAAUUUUGCCAGCUCUUGCAGAGACCGCUCAUCAGCCUCACCCUGGAAGCUUUUGAGAGAGUUCAUUGGAUAAAAGAAAUUGUGGUCGUGGUGUCACAACAGAACUUUGAAUUGAUGAAUGCUGUAAUAGGCCAAUACGGUCACUCACGGGCAACGGUUGUUGUAGGUGGGCUUACUCGACAUCAGUCUAUUUUUAAUGGGCUGAAAGCAUUUGUGGAAAAUGAGCCUCAUCAGUCGUGGCUGGAGAAACCUGAAGUGGUAAUCAUCCAUGAUGCAGUGAGACCUUUUGUGGAAGAAGACAUCCUCUACAGAGUGGCCACUGCAGCAAAAGAGCAUGGGGCUGCAGGGGCUAUCAGACCACUUGUUUCCACUGUCGUUGCAACAAACCCAGAAGGCUACCUUGACCAUUCACUGGAACGUGCCAAAUACAGGGCGAGUGAAAUGCCUCAAGCCUUCACAUUUGAUGUCAUUUACAGAGCUUAUGAGCAGUGCACAGAUUAUGAUUUUGAGCAUGGGACUGAGUGUCUUCACUUAGCUUUGCAGUACUGUGGCAUCUCUGCAAAGCUCUUUGAUGGACCACCUGAUCUGUGGAAGGUGACAUACAAACGGGACCUCUAUGCAGCUGAAUCAAUUGUCAAGGAAAGUCUUUCCAAGAGUGUUUGUAUCAUCACUGGAAUGCAAGAAGAACCAAUUCAAUUAGGCAUUUUGCUACAAGAGGUCUUACAACUGGUGAUAAAGCAGGUGAAUUUGCUGAAGUGGUCAUUGAGCAAAGAGAGCCACUGUAUUCAGGCCAUCUCCUCAGGACUACAUUAUAACUUUAUCUAUAUAAAUGUCAACAACUUCAAAAUACUUCAGGAAAUUGUGCAGCUGGUGGAAGCAAUUGAAAAUGUUAAGCUUUCAGCUUUGUAUCCUGUGGCUGUGACUGUGGUACACUUGAACAAUACAGAAGCUUCAUCUUCCUGUAUUCAAAUGAAUGAUUUUACUAAUAUCAAAAAGCUGGCAAAGGAAGCAAAUGGAAAAAAUAUUCUCAUUUAUAAUCUACUGAUUAAUUAUACCCAGAGUAAAGACAAAGUUCAAGAAUCCGUGAAACAAGGAGCCUCAAUCAUUGAAUCAUUAAUAAAGCAACGAAGCCCUGCUCUAACUGGACAGUUCCUUGUGAAAGCUGAGAAGAUUGAACAUGGAGACAAGUCUCAAAGAGAUCCAAGAUGUGCCAGGGAUGAAAGGAAAGAGCUGGAACCACCUUAAUUAGUAGUUCAACUGUACUUUGACAGUGUCAUUUGAAUUAUAUACAUAUAGAUGUUUAAAUGUGACAUUUCUUUGAUUUACGGAUAUUCUUGCUGCAAAAAG